GUAGUAAUUUAAGGUGCCAAACGUAGGGUCGCCUGAGGAAAUGUCUAAAGUCCGACAGGUUAUUAGGUGGUUGAUGAUUCUGCUCCAUCAUAAACGUGAAAAGCGAAUGCGAUCCUUCAGUAAAGGCUGGUUACUGAUCCUCCAGUCAGCCCAGCACGGAUUGCUGACAUUCACUGUUGCAGCUGCUGGUUCUUGGUGUCAAAAGACGAGCAUGAAAUCUAUUCAAAACGAGGCCAGAUUGAGCCUUUCAUCCUUGGUUUCUCUCUGUGAAUGCCCUUAUCCAGAUGAGCUCCAGACAUUUUCAAAUCAUUUUGGGCAUUUGCAUUUUGCUUAUUCAUUUAAGGAUCAGAAUAGUCAAGAAUCAGAGAUUGAGAGAUUUCUUUCCAGAUUCAGUCUGGUUUAUGCUCAGCUCACAGUUAUCUUCAGAGUAAGAAGUAAGGACCACUCAUCCCAGCAAGUAUUCAGUGCCAAGAGUACAUGUCUUGCAGUGGGUUAUAGGAUUGCCAUGGACAGUACCAGAUAUGGCCUAAAACCAUUCUCAGCAAGGUGUCACACUGCAUGCAGCCGGAUGCACCCCACUUUGGGGGACAUUCUCUCUCUGUCUCUGUCUUCUGAAGCUGUGGAGGCAGGGUUGUGUGGGGAGGUCAAAAUAACUAGCGUAGCCAUGAUCGGACCUUGCAUGGACCAAUACCCCAACUGGCCCACUAACAUCACUUGCAUACGUGUGUUAGCAUAUGGUCCCAGUGGUGUUCCUCUGAUGCAAGGAGAGGGUAAAACACAGCUGAGCUUCAUUCGAAGUUUGGCUGACUCUCUGCCAUGGGGAGAGCUGGGUCUGCAUCAAGUCUGCUACACACUGACACACACUGCACAAGGCUCCCUGUGUGCUGAUAUGGAGUUUUCUGUAGAGCAUAACGAGGAACCUGAGCCAGGAUGUAGCCAGGCUGUGAGUCAGAAAGUAAAGGUGGAGAAGAGUCAAACUGUGGAGCAGACGCUGUUUAUUUUUCUUUUCAUCCAGUACAGCGACCCCUUCCACUCCCAGCUGGCCGACAUGAUCACAAAUGAAGAGCUUUUAGAGCAAUACUUGGACAAGAUACUCUGGCACAACGAGGAAAACAUGAGAUCAGCGCUGGAGUCUGUACUGAAAAACACAGUCAAACAAUAUCAGAAAAGAAAAAAGUCCAGAGAAACGGUGGAGUCUGGCAUGUCAGUGAUGCUGAGCUCUUUGAACAGCAUUGUGAGCAGCAGUAGUAAUGCAGAGUUUCGCGCGGAAUGUCUAAACCACAUGAAAGUCCAGAACACUUACGAUUUUUCCAUAUCCUUAAAUCAAAGUCUACAGAGAGUUAUAAUUGGCCGGUUUGUUCCUCGUUGCAGAUGCACUGCUGAAAAGGUUUCUGAGGCACCUGUCCUGGACCAGAAUGACAGUGAGAGCACAGAAGGGGGUGGUUGUGGAGUGCUACAUGGCAAAAGAGCUCGUGAGAAUGAGCACCAGUCUCCAUUAGUCGCUAAGAGACAAUGUCCAGGGACUUCAGAGGAUUCAGAUGCAUCUGAGAGUUGUGUGUGGGAGAUGCCUCUGUCCCCUGUGCAACCACUUGAUAGAGAGCAUGCAGAAACAAGCUUGGAAUCCUCACCCAACUCUCCAUGCUCUGCUGUGCUAAGAAAUCAAGAAUUUAAAAAAAAAAAGAAGUGUGAAAAGAGCAGCUUUCAGCAUUGUUCUCUCAGACGUGCCUCAUUGAGGAUGUUCCCCAGCCUGGCACAUCGGCCAUGGCAAGCUUUCUGCAGGAUUUACCUGCAUCAGCGAGUUCAUCUGUCUCAGCUCCCAGCCCGAGUAACACGGCUGGGCUAUGGCUGGCAAAGCGGAGGUAAAGGUCACAGCCUGUGGUACAGUUUUCCUGACCACAGAGGAGCUUUAGCUUGGGCACAGGUUCAGUACUAUUCUACUGACAGCAGUAAAGAUGGACCACCAACAAUAUCGGACCCUGAUGGGUCGAAGUCCACUAAAGACGUGACCAGUGCCCUUCCUUCUAAAGACCCUGCAGAAUCAAAACCUUCGGUUCUGACAAAAGCAGAAGCCAUUCAAGUGAAAGUGCGGGCGGUGCUAAAGAAGCGGGAAUAUGGUACCAAAUACACUCAAAACAACUUUAUCACUAUUGUCAGAGCCAUGAACGAGUUCUGCCUUAAGUCCAGUGAUCUUGACCAACUGAGAAGGAUCCGUCGGCGGAGUCCCCAUGAUGACACAGAGGCAUUCACAGUCUUUUUACGCUCAGACGUGGAGGCCAAGGCACUGGAGGUUUGGGGCAGUAUGGAGGCUCUUGCUCGAGAGAGGAAACUCAGGAAAGAGGAGGAGAGACAGUUCCAGGAAAAUAUGUUCCGAAGUCAGCAGUUGGUGAAGGAGUAUAAAGAUUUCUGGGGGAACACUAAACCACGAUCAGGGAAGAGAGCUACCUUCCUCCAAGGGCCUGGAAAGGUGGUCAUGGUAGCCAUAUGCAUAAAUGGACUGAAUUUCUUUUUCAAACUCCUGGCAUGGGUUUAUACUGGAUCAGCCAGCAUGUUCUCAGAGGCAAUCCACUCCCUGGCAGAUACCUGUAACCAGGCUCUGCUUGCGCUGGGCAUCAGCCAGUCUGUGCGCAACCCUGACCCUGGCCACCCAUAUGGUUUCUCCAACAUGCGUUACAUCGCCUCCCUCAUCAGCGGAGUGGGUAUUUUUAUGAUGGGUGCUGGACUGUCAUGGUACCAUGGUAUUAUGGGCCUAAUGCACCCCCACCAAAUAGAGUCACUUCUCUGGGCCUACUGUAUUUUGGCUGGAUCUCUAGUUUCUGAAGGAGCAACUUUGCUGGUGGCCAUAAAUGAGAUCAAGAAGAGCUCUCACAAGCAAGGCCUGUCUUUCUAUGAAUAUGUAAUGCAGAGUCGAGACCCCAGUACCAAUGUGGUCUUAUUAGAGGAUGCUGCAGCCGUUUUGGGAGUGGUGCUGGCUGCUGGCUGUAUGGGUCUUACCUCACUCACAGGCAACCCAUAUUACGACAGUUUGGGUUCUCUGGGUGUGGGCACGUUGCUUGGUACUGUUUCUGCAUUCCUCAUCUACACCAACACAGAAGCUCUGUUGGGCCGUUCCAUCCAGGCUGAGCAUGUGCAGAAGCUGACAGAGUUCCUGGAGAGUGACCCUGCUGUCAGAGCAAUUCACGAUGUAAAAGCUACCGAUAUGGGACUGAGUAAAGUGCGCUUCAAGGCCGAGGUGGACUUUGACGGGCGGGUGGUUACACGCUCCUAUCUGGAAAAGCAGGACAUUGAUCAGAUCCUCAAUGAAAUUCAGCAGGUAAACACGCCAGAGGAGCUGGAGGCAUUUAUGUUAAAGCAUGGCGAGAACAUUAUAGACACCCUGGGAGCAGAGGUGGACCGUCUUGAAAAAGAGCUCAAGCAACGCAAUCCAGAAGUGCGGCAUGUGGAUUUGGAAAUCCUCUGAAGCUUGGAAGUCAGAGCCACAAGAAGCUGCAGUGCGGUGAAGAAGAGGAUGGGCUGUGGAAGGCUGUAUAAAUGGUUCUGUAACUCUACUGACCCAGCUCUGCUCCAGCUCCAUUUAAUUGAAGUCUUACUUUUAGCAUUCUAUCACCAUUACAGCUCAUUUCAAUGUAGAAGCUUCAGAUGUUCCUCAAGGUCAGAAUCCAUACCAAUGUGAAACCAAUUACAUCAGUGAGCAUGGACUUGUGUUGGUGCUUAUUUCUGGUUAAGCAUCAGUUCCUUUGUGUCUGUAUGAACUGUGUUCAGUAGGAUAUAAAAGGCAAAAACUGAUGGCUGUAAGUAGUUCUAAGCCUGCAGGGUAUUAUUUCAGUACCUGAGAAAACUUGCUUGUGUAAUGUUACACCUGGUCAGUUUUUUUUUUUUUCCUGCAGUUUGUAUAUUUUAAUGAAUUGAUUAAUUGUCAAACAA